GUCUCAUUAGACGGAGCAGACAAGUGUAACUGUAUCUUUAGGAGUUCACAGUGGAAGUAAGAGGAGGGGGCAGGAGUUCUAUACUGGGAGAGGUCUGUUUGACUACAGCCAGCAGAGGGAGACUGGCCAGCUGGUGUCACUAGGUCAGAGUUUUUUCUCACAAAGCUACUCUGCACAUUACAGAGAGCUCCUCUGCACAGGAAACGUCUGAGCGCCUGGGGGGGAGAGAGAGAAAGAAACUGAAAAGACCACGCCUGCUAGCGGACACAGCAAACUACAUGUAUAACCUGCCCAUGCUGCUAACAAGCUGUUUUCUUAAUGCAGUGGAUUAUUUAUAACUAUCAGUGAACUGACAGGACACAAUGUCACGAAGGGACCAGAGGUUUCGGAGAGGAGUGAAAGGACGGUGUUGUGAAUGUGGCUGUGUCCUGGCUAACUGGUACUAUGAGAGAGAGGGAGAGCUCUUCUGUAAAAAGCACUAUUGGACCCGUUAUGGAGAGCACUGUCAUGGCUGCACAGAGGCCAUCACCACAGGACUCAUUAUGGUUGCUGGAGAGCAGAAGUUCCACACUGAGUGCUUCACUUGCAUCAAUUGUGGGAUGUUUAUUGGAGAUGGAGACAGAUACACACUAGUUGAACGGUCUGAACUCUACUGUGGUCAGUGUUUCUGUCAGGGUGUAGCAUCGGCUGUAAGCUCAACUUCUCCACUCACCACGAACACCCACAUGGUGGCGUUGGUGUGUCUCCCUCCACAAGCAGGUGGUCAGCGAGGCCUGACUGUUGCCACUGAUGUCAGCCAAGAGAAGGGCUCUAUGGUCACUGUGACAGGGUUAAACUCUACUGCCCUCAGCCCAGACUUAAUACCCUCUGUUCACAUUGGUGACCGAGUCUUGGAGGUCAAUGGCAUCCCAGUCCACAACGUAUCCCCAGAUGAAAUAAACUGUCUGAUCCAGGACACAAGUAAACCACUACAGCUGACUAUUGAGCACAACCCACAGUCUCCCAACAACACCCUUCUCUCAGAGAACUCCAAGGAUGUUAUUAGUUCUGAUACCUGUACCCGUGACACACUCACUUCAAGCCACAAACUCCCAAGUCUGGAAGAAGAGCAGAGUCCAGAUGAAGAGUCCAAUGAACCAAUCAGGAUAAGACUCUCACCGCCUCAGCACCAAGCGACUGUGGGAAUACGAUCCAGACACAUCCUGCGAAGCUUCAGUAUAGACAAGUGUCCAAUGUCACCAGGAGCGCUGACACUUUUAUCCCAGCGCAGAGACAUGGUUCGUUCAGAGUCCUUACGUGUGGACCAUGGAGAUCGGACCCAUCGCAUCUUCAGACCAUCAGACCUCAUCCACGGAGAAGUGCUCGGCAAGGGUUUCUUUGGACAGGCAGUCAAGGUAACGCAUCAAGAGACAGGGGAAGUGAUGGUGAUGAAAGAGCUAAUACGCUUUGACGAAGAGACACACAAGACCUUCUUAAAGGAGGUGAAGGUGAUGCGUUGUCUGGACCAUCCUAAUGUUCUGAAAUUUAUUGGAUUGUUUUAUAAAGAUAAACGAAUAAACUUUGUCUCUGAAUACAUCCAAGGAGGAUCGCUCCGAGAAACCAUUGUGAAAAUGGACAAAGACUUCCCCUGGAGAGUAAGAGUGAGUUAUGCCAAAGACAUUGCAGCUGGAAUGGCAUAUCUACACUCCAUGAAUGUUAUCCAUCGAGACCUAAACUCACACAACUGCUUGGUUAGAGAGAACCAGUCUGUAGUGGUCGCAGAUUUUGGGCUCGCCCGGUUGGUGACAAAGGAGAGAAAUAAGACACUGUCUCUGGAGAGGCCUGCAAAGGGGACACUUCCAGAGAUCCGCAAGCCUGACCGGAGGAAGAGGUACACUGUGGUGGGGAACCCAUACUGGAUGGCCCCUGAGAUGAUCCACGGAAAAAGCUAUGAUGAACGUGUGGACAUCUUUUCAUUUGGAAUCAUGAUAUGUGAGAUAAUCGGCAGGGUGAGUGCUGACCCUGACUACCUUCCCCGGUCACAUGACUUUGGGUUAGAUGUGCCUGGUUUCCUGCAGCAGUACCACCCUGCUGAGUGCCCCUCUGCCUUCCUGCCACUGGCCGCUCUCUGCUGUGACAUGGACGCUGAUAAACGGCCUUCCUUUUCAAAGCUGGAGGAGUGGCUAGGAAACUUAUUGAUGCACCUGGACAUCGGUCUACCUCUGCUCUCUGAGUUAGAGCAGCUCCGCAGAACUUUCUGGCAGAACCACAACCAUCAAAACCACACCAACAACAAAGAUGUGACCAUUAAUUCUUCUGAACAAUCUGAUUCUCCACAGCCACCUAGAGACGCUCCCAGUUCCAUGGCAUGUUUGGGUGAUGAAAAUAACCAAAUAGAGCCUGAACGUCUCUCUAAGAGCCAAGACCACAAUGGCAAACCUGACAACCAUUCUGAUGGAGACACAGACAUUAAUGAGGACCAUGACCCAAGGACUGAAAAUGACGACCUCUGUUUGGAGAACGAAUGUAAAAUGCAAGUGACAAGACAUGGUUGUUUUAGUAGGAAUUGCAGACCCGUGACCAGAGACUCAAACAAAGACAGAAACUAUAAACAAAAUGUGUCCUCAGGGCAACAAAAAGUCCUACAUGACCCUCCACAACCACUGCAGGAAAACCACUCACUUCAAGGCCGGGCUAACAAGCCUCGAAGAAUAUGCAGAGCACUUUGGGACAGAUCGAAAGAGGAGAGUUCUUUUCUCUGAGUCUCUGAUGUAACAGCCACACAUCAGCCAAGUCCAGCUCAUUAACAGCUUACAUUCAGUUCCACAAAAACUUAGUUAUAACUUUCUUGCCUUAACAAACUUUUGGGAGAAAAUAAGUCAUAAAGUGUGCAAUUUUAUAAAACACAAAAAACAUAUUUUUAUAUUUCAUUCAUAAAUACAUUACAUCAAUCAAUGGAAGGCUAAUGCACACUGAAGAUUUUUUUGGACUGGAUUCUUUGAAUUUCAAUCCAAUUGGCAAUGGGCACAAACCUAAACCACUAACACUUUUGGUGUUGGUGGAUUGUCAGUUCUCAUUGGACAAACAGGGCCACUGUCUCUAAGCUUGAACAUGUCUGAAUCAUUUCCAAACUGCAAACUGCUUAUUACUUAUGAGUCAAUUAUAUGUCAACAUACAGAUAGGUGACAAAGUAAAGGGAAAACCUGAUGGGACAUUGUCAACAUCAAAAUGACCACAGACGUAUGUAUGGGAAUAUCUUUUGGAACAAUUUUGUUAAUCCCUCAAGUAGAGCCCAGAGAAUCAACUAUAUCUUAUUAAGACACUUUAUGUUGUUUUGGGGUUUUUAUUCUUUCUUUUAUUCUGUCACCUAUCUGUAUUUCUGAUAAGCUAAAAUUGGCCAAUAUCACCUGUGAAACUUAUGGCACUUUACAGUUUAAGCUACAUUUGCAUGGGUCAAUAUUAUUUCAGAAUGCUGAUAUACAUAUAUUCUGUUAAAUAUUCUAGGUCCACAUAUAACACACUGAGCUGUGAAAAUGUAAUAUUAUAUUUAUAGUUAACUAAUAAAGAGACAGAUUUCUUGUCUGGCAGCA